AUGAUCAAACUCUUUGAUUCUCACUGCCACUUGCAAGACCCAAGAAUCCUAACCUUAGCCCCGAAACUCAUUAAAGAAACCCUAGAAAUCGGUGUGGCCCACUUCGCCGUAAAUGGAGUGUCUGAAAAGGACUGGCAUUUAGUAGAAAAAAUGAGCAAAACUUACCCUUCCGUGAUCCCGAAUUUUGGCCUUCAUCCCUGGUUCAUAACCGAGAGGUCUCCCGAUUGGUUGAUCACUCUCAAGAAUUUCCUCUUGGCCAACCCGGCUGCGGCAGUUGGCGAGAUCGGAUUGGACAGAGGCUCGAAAGCGAAGGAAAUAGAUUUUUCAGACCAAGUCGAGGUCUUUCGCCAGCAGCUCCAGCUGGCGAAGGAGAUUAAUCGUCCAGCCUCCGUGCAUUGUGUUCGUGCUUUUGGCGAACUGCUCGGGAUAAUGGAGUCGAUGGGCCCCUUUCCUAGUGGUGUUGUGUUGCAUUCGUAUCUUGGGUCGGCUGAGAUGGUCGAUCGGUUAUCUGGGUUGGGGGCUUACUUUUCGUUUUCGGGGUUUUUGAUGUCUUUAAAGGAGAGCAAGGCCAAGAGGAUUGUGAAAUCAGUGCCUAUGGAUAGGAUAUUGUUGGAGACUGAUGCGCCGGAUGCUCGGCCAAAAUCGGGUGGUUCUCUUUUCUUGGUCGAGGAAGGAGAGGGUACCGAGGAGGAGAGUUUGAAUCACCCGGGUAAUAUUCGUAGUGUGCUUAAGUAUGUUGCGGGUCUGCUCGAGAUGGAGGAAAAGGAGCUUGCGGAGUUGAGUUAUGAUAAUGCAGUUCGAAUUUUCUCGUACGAGGGUUCGAAGUUGGUGAACUGA